UAGGUAUUCUGUAAUAUGAAGCCUUGACGUCGGGAUUGUAUGAUUUACCCGGGCAGCCUGACGGACCGCGGAGACCAGUGUCGAUAGCGAUCGACGAUUGGAUCAGGUGUCCUCGGAAUAGCGUUGCGAGUCUGAUUGGAGUGCUGACUGCGGGAACCUCCCUACUCGGACUGAGUCCUAACCCCGGGUGGAGACGCGACGACAAGUGAGAAAGUGUGAGGAAGUGAAGAAGCAAACGCAUACUGGUGGAAGAACCACUUGUGAGUUCGCAUGGGUAGGUACCACCACCCUGCCUAUUUCUGCCGUGAAGCAGUAAUGCGUUUCGGUUUGAAGGGUGGGGCAGCCGUUGUAACUAUACUUGAGACCUUAGAACUUAUAUCUCAAGGUGGGUGGCGCAUUUACGUUGUAGAUAUCUAUGGGCUCCAGUAACCACUUAACACCAGGUGGGCUGUGAGCUCGUCCACCCAUCUAAGCAAUAAAAAAAAACAAGAAAAAAAGCAUCAUUGGGCCCGCCAAAAACCCAUAUACUACGCGCGCACCCUAAACGCGGAAACCGCAUAAGGUUCGGCCCGCCGCAAAAAAACAAAAUGAAUAAUUUAAACAGCAACAAACAAAGUCUAUUCAAUUUCAAUAUGAAUACCAAUAAAAAACAUUAUGAAGCGUCGUCGUAUAUUAAAGAUAGAAAUAAAAUAAAAAACCUCAAAAGUCUAGCCGAACGUUAAUAUUAAGUCUAAAUUUAUGAUUUACCUGUCACAUCGAAAUAUCCAAACUGUGCGCCCACAUGUCACAGCAGGUUGCAGCCAUCUCAUAACAUGCACAGAGGUCAGUGCACUAUCGGAGCCAUCUUCAAAACGCCAAUUACGAAAAAAAAACUCAAGAUUCGCAAAAUCACAUUCGUCUAACAUAGAUCGAUCCGGUUAAUUUAUGAGCGUCAAGUUCUAGGUGAAGUUCACGGCUUAUGGGUCAGUCGUGCGCGGGAGUGGUGGUCGCCGGAUGAAGCUCGAUCUAUAUAAGCGCAGAGAAAUGCUCUCACUGCAUCCACUCAUCCGAGUCCUUCGUUGAGAACAGACGUGAUGGCAGCAAGAUUUGUAGUCGCUGUGGCGCUUGUGGCCUUGUGCCGUGCCAACCCCGUCAUUAAAAACGGUGUCGUCUACCGUGACAGUCGGGGUUUAGCCAUCGGCCAAGCAUACAACAGCGACGGCGGAGUGAGCCAGGCCAACGCCAACGUAAUCGGUGGUGUAUCACAGGCCUACGGUAGCAGCAGCAACGGUGGUCACAUAGCGCGUGACGGGCUCUUCUAUCCCGGUCAAGCUAUCGCGAAAGCGGAAACCUACGACAACGAUGGAAACCUAAUCAACGGUCCGUCUCAAGCUAUCGCUAAAGCCCAGAAUGGAGGUGCUUACUACCCAGUCCCCGCUCCCGGUACCAUCAUCACUUAUGAGCAGAACUUCGCUGUACCUGCUGAAGUCGCCUACGAAAUUCCCGCUGGGGCCGUGAAGUCCCAUUCAGCUGCCCACUCGGAUGGCAUUUCUGACUCGUCGCUUUCCACUGCUUCCACCAACGGUGCGGGAAAUGCUCAGUCUUCCGCUCAGACUCAAGGCAUCAGCGGUUUUGGAACCACCUCCACCAACGCUAAAACUUAUGGGAACAGCUUCGGUUCCGCCGCCUCCAACGCCAAAAAUGGCUACGGCUCUGCUGUAACUUCGGCCAAAACAAAUGGAUUUGGUGCCGCAACCUCCAACGCUCAAACAAACGGAGUGACUGGAAUCAUUGCGCCUGUCGCGCCUAUCAAUGACCUCGAAUCGACUGUCAUCUCUGCCAAAACUCAAGGAAUUUACACCGGAUACACAAACCCCAACAUUGGAUCAGCUUCUUCCAACGCCAACGUUAAUGGUCACGGAAGCGCUUCUUCCUAUGCCAGAACUCAUGACCAGAGAGGUAUCCACUGGCGCUUCGGAACUCUGUACGACAAUCCCGCCAGUGCAGCUUACAACAGCCAUCCCGGUUAUGGUGCCAUCAAGUACACCGCCACUAACCCUGGCUAUGGAUCUGCUAACGCCAACGCCAACGUGAACGGUGCCGGCUACGGCUCAGCCAACUCUGCUGCCAACACCAAUGGCUACGGUACAGCCAAGUCCUCCGCCAACUCUAACGGAGCCGGUUACGGAACUGCCAACGCCAAUGCUGAUGUGAACAACGCCGGCUAUUACAGCUUUAGGAAUACCGCCAACCCCAGCUACCCCGGCUACGGUUCCGCCAUCUCUUCAGCCAACACUGGUGGCUAUGGAACUGCCAAAUCGUCCGCGAACACCCAAGGCUCCAGCUUCGGGGGAAGAACCGCUACCGACGCUCACACUGCAGGCUUUGGCUCUGCUAGAUCCUCCGCUAAAACUCAUGGUGUGAGCACCGCGUUCAAGGUGGCCGACUCUUCCGCCAACAGCUACGGUCACGGUUCCGCUAAUGCUAAGGCCACAAGUGCUUAAACUGCGCUCAGUACCGAGGAGCAACCACACCAAGACGACCUUCGAUCUCACCGAACACUUGUCUUGAUGUAUUUGCCAAGCGUGAAUCAAACGCAUAAAUUUAUUUAUUUCAUUAAUUUAUUGUGUUCAGAUAAUGCAUUUAUAAAGUUAUAAUUAAUCUCUGUAUCAAUUGCCAUAUUUCGAUGAUUCUAAUAAAAAAUAAUGUAUCAUU